GUUUACGAUUGUUCACGCUUCAGGCGUUGCCGUUUACUCCUCAACUUCCUAGCUGUAGUAGAGAUGGCUCCUCCCCGAGGUCGUGGCGGCGGCAGGGGCAGAGGUGAUGGCGGACGUGGAGGCCGAGGAGGAGGGAGAGGCUUUGGAGGAAGAGGGUUUGGCGGAAGAGGAUCAGAUAUGAAAGCUCGUGGCGGUGGACGUGGAGGCAGGGGCGGUCGAGGAGGUGAUAGAGGUGGCGGUCGUGGAGGUAGGGGUGGAAUGAAAGGUGGGAGCAGGGUGGUCAUCGAGCCGCACCGUCAUGAAGGAAUUUUCAUCGCCAAGGGUAAAGAAGAUGCGCUUGUUACCAAGAAUUUAGUUCCCGGCGAAGCUGUUUAUAACGAGAAAAGGAUUACUGUUCAGAAUGAGGAUGGUUCAAAAGUUGAGUACCGUGUUUGGAACCCUUUCCGCUCCAAGUUGGCCGCUGCUAUUCUUGGUGGAGUUGACAACAUUUGGAUUAAACCUGGAGCCCGUGUUCUUUACCUGGGAGCUGCUUCUGGUACUACUGUCUCCCAUGUUUCUGACAUUGUUGGCCCAACCGGCGUGGUCUAUGCAGUAGAGUUUUCUCACAGAAGUGGAAGAGACCUUGUCAAUAUGGCUAAGAAGCGUACUAAUGUUAUACCCAUUAUUGAAGAUGCCAGACAUCCUGCCAAAUACAGAAUGUUGGUUGGCAUGGUAGAUGUCAUAUUUUCUGAUGUUGCGCAGCCGGAUCAGGCAAGGAUUCUGGGGCUGAAUGCUUCAUAUUAUCUGAAGGCAGGAGGCCAUUUUGUCAUUUCAAUCAAGGCGAACUGCAUAGACUCCACGGUGCCAGCAACAGCAGUGUUUGCAAGUGAGGUGAACAAGCUCAGGGCGGAUCAGUUUAAGCCCAGCGAGCAAGUGACUCUGGAGCCAUACGAACGAGACCAUGCUUGUGUUGUCGGUACAUACCGAGUGGUCAAGAAGAAGAAAGAUGGCGAGUAGAUUGCUCCAACUGAUAUUGACGCCAAGUGCUUCCUUUUUGUUUACUUAUCUUGUUCUUGAGGAAGAAUGUAAUGGCUAUUAUUUUACGUUCGCUUUCUGUUUUUUGUUUGUUUUGCUCAUUUUUGACGAAAAUACUACUUUGAUGCCUGCUUGUACUUCAGAUAUUUAUUUUUGGUGCGGGAGCGGAAAUUAGUUCCAAGAUCAUCAGAUAGCGAAAUUUGACGUGUUUCUGUCGAUAUAUGGUACAUUUCUCUAUUAUUUAGCUUGGGUGCAUGACCAGUGAACAGGUGGGACUAUAUAUGAUAUCCAUGAGUUUCAAUGUAUAAUGUCAACUGAUAUCGUCGUUUGUAA